AACCGUUUUGAGGUUAUAAUCGACGAAUUUGUAAAUAUAAAUGCCAUAUGUUUGUAAAUAACUGAUGUGAUAAGAAGUCGAUUUAAAAAUGUGGCUGGUUUUUUGAAUUUUGGGCUGUGAACGUUAGGUUUUAGUAAUUUUAUUGCUGCUGGGGGUGUUUUUGUUGAUUUAGUACUGAAAUGGCGUUUAUAUUUAUAUUGGUACUUAAUUUUUUGAUUUUUGGGUCUUUUGGGGAUGAAUUAAAAGGCGUUGUUGUGAUAUACAGACAUGGUGAUAGAACUCCUGUAGAUCCAUAUCCAAAUGAUCCAUACAGAAAUUCUUCAUACUGGCCCGUUGGGUUUGGACAACUCAUAAAUAAAGGUAAAUUGAGGCACCUGGAGCUAGGUAGAUGGCUUAGGAACCGUUAUAAAAAUUAUCUACCUGAAAUUUACAACGCGAAUGAUAUCCACAUUCAAUCUACAGAUGUUGACAGAACUCUUAUGAGUGCAGAGGCCAACCUAGCAGGUUUAUACCCUCCAAUGGCUAGCCAAAAAUUUGACAAAAACCUGACGUGGCAACCGAUACCGAUACACACGAUCCCGGAAAAAAUGGACGCCCUUUUGGCGGGAAAGAAAGAGUGCGCUAAAUACACUGAACUGCGUAAUGCUUUAUUCAAAACGCCAUACUUCAGAAACAUAUCGAGAAAGUACCACGAUUUGUUCGCCUAUUUGACCGUCAAAUCGGGCAAUAAAGUGACAACGCUGGAAAAGCUGGAGUAUUUAUACAACACUCUUUUAAUAGAGACCUUCUUCAACUACACUUUACCAACAUGGGCACAAUCGGCGUUCAAAAAAAUGGAACCUCUAGCGUUUUUGAGUUUUGCCACUCAAACUUACACCCCGGAGUUGGCAAGACUCAAAAGCGGCCCUCUAUUCGACCAAAUUAUAAACUACUUUCAAUCGAGAAUCGACCAAAGCGAAUCUAAAAAAAUGAUGGUCUAUUCGGCCCAUGACACCACCAUUGCCAACCUAUUGAACUCCAUGGGGCUUUUCGAGUACCACUCUCCCCCAUAUGCGAGCACCGUCAUUUUCGAGUUGAGAGGCAACAACAGCACAAACUACCUGAAUAUAUUCUACAAAAAUUCCACUGAACCUCAAAACAUGACCCUCAAAACUUGCAGUUUUAACUGCAACUUCAAAAUGUUUGUCCAGAUUAUGUCGCCAGUCGCAUUGCCUUUAUCUCAGUGGGAACAAGCAUGCUCCAAUGAUGGUACAAAUUGGUACUUACAACCUUUUUACAUAUACAUUUUUGGCAUGGUCAUUUUUGUUUUGUUUGCAGCUAUUGUUUUGAAAAUGUUGCUUAAUUUAGUGAACAAAAAAACUGAUAGCUCAUACAUUCAACUGCCAAACGAAGAAGAGGCUUAAAUUUGCAUUUUCUCGAAAUAUAUCGUAAAUUAUACAAGUGUUUCCCAAUUUAAAUGUAUAUUGCUCAAAAAUUAAAGACGAGUUUGUUUUUCUUGUACUUACUUCAAAUUACAACCGUGAGACUGCUAAAAUUGCUUUUUUUCAAUUGUAAAAUGCGGGUUAUUUUAUAAAAUGAUUUUGUAUCUAUUUCUCCCAUUAUUUGUAUUUUUGUUUUCGAAAUAUAUGUGUUGAAAUU